CUUUCCACUCUAAAAUUCUCUGUAAAAUCCUCCGCACCACCACCACCGCAUUUCUUCUUACUCCACCACUCUCUCAGUUGUGUUAAAUCGAUCAGUCAGAGGUAGAGAUUAGAUUAUCAAAAAUGAUAGAGAUGAAGGCGAUUAGUGAUGGAUUAACAGCGAGUGAUCGUCAUUUCUUGACAUCACUAAACAGUGGCGCAUCGAGUUUAUCGUUUGCUGGUUCUGGUUUCAUUGUUUUGUGCUACAUCCUUUUCAAAGACUUGAGGAAAUUCUCUUUCAAACUUGUCUUCUACCUUGCUCUCUCUGAUAUGCUUUGUAGUUUCUUCAGUAUAGUAGGGGAUCCAUCGAAAGGAUAUUUUUGUCAUGCGCAGGGAUAUAGUACACAUUUUUUCUGUGUGGCGUCUUUCCUAUGGACUACAACGAUUGCGUUUACUCUACAUCGUACUGUUGUUAGACAUAAAACUGAUGUUGAAGAUUUGGAACCUAUGUUUCACUUAUAUGUUUGGGGAACUUCACUCGUUUUGACUGUUAUACGCUCAAUAGGUAACGAUCCUUCUCAUUUGGGUGUGUGGUGCUGGACGCAGACGGGUUUUGCAGGAAAGGUGGUUCACUUCUUAACAUUCUAUGGUCCGCUCUGGGGUGCAAUUCUUUUUAAUGGCUUUACAUACUUCCAAGUGAUACGGAUGCUAAAUAAUGCAGCUCGUAUGGCAGUUGGCAUGUCAGACCGAUCACACCAGUUUGAUGCUAGACCAGACAUGAAGGCUUUAAACAGGUGGGGUUACUACCCUUUGAUUCUUAUUGGAUCGUGGGCUUUUGGCACAAUAAACCGGAUACAUGAUUUCAUCGAACCAGCGCAUAAAAUCUUCUGGCUAUCAGUUCUUGAUGUUGGGACUGCUGCUCUUAUGGGUCUCUUCAACUCGAUUGCGUACGGGUUUAACGCUUCGGUGCGACGAGCAAUUCAUGAAAGACUCGUUGCGUGGUGCCCUGAUAGAGUAUGGAGAUGGUUACCAGCUAACAUGAAGCCCCGUAGCCAAGCACAAGAAAGUGAACUAGUCUCGUUAAAAGUUGAAGACCAGCAAUAGCCUCUUCUAUAAUUCCUUUAUUAGACCCACAACACUAGCAUUUUCUUGCCCCCACACCUUUUUCUCACCCUAUUAGUUUUUUGAAAGAGGUAGAUAAACAGUUGACUAGUUAGCAGUACUUGCAUGAACGUGUCUCGGCCUUCGGUAAUUUGAUUAAUGUAUUCCACUACCUUCAAAACUUGUAUCCAGAGAGGUAAGCUUCAUUUUGCAGUUGGUGAUUUACUGGCAAGGAAGGGAUCUUUCAUCUCGCAGAGGUUCAGUAUGCGCAACCAUUGUCGUUCUGGUAUCUUCUUUAUUGUAGACGACCCUGAUUCCUUAAUCUUAAAUUGCCUUUUGUGCCGGGGCUUUGAGGCAUUGAGAAUCUUGAGACAGCUCAUGCAGCUGCUGCUCUUUUAUUAAUGGAUACUUAUAGAUAUAUCCGAUCAAAAAAAGUAUACCUCGCUCCACAAUUUGAGUGGCUGGUUUGUCAGAACAGAAUUACCUUCUUGCUCACUUUUUCUUGUUAAUCUGUGUGAAAGAACAAAAGAGUGGUUCCUUCCCUGUGUAUUGUUUCAUCUGCAACUUUUUGUAAAUGGAAGACAAUGUUGGAUUUUGAUUUUUAUGGAUAUGUAUCUUCUUAUCA